UUUUUAACAUAUAAACACACAUAGUAAUUGAUUCUGCUGCUGGAACGUCAGGUUUUGUGUCUGUGUUCCUCAGAAACCGCUGACCUAAAACUCUCUUGCUUUUUUCUUUUCAUGUAUGUGUAUGUGUGAGGGUAUGUGCACGUGAGUGACUGCAAUGUUGGAAGAGGACAGAAGAACACAUUAGAUCCCUGGAAGCUGAAAUUGUAGGUGGUUGUGAGCCCCCUUGUGGGUGCUGGGAACAGAACUCAGGUCCCCUGAGAGAGCAGAGGGUGCCCUUUACCUCUGAGCUCCUCUCUAGCUUGCCUGUAACUUUCCUUUCUGGCUUUGGUAUCAGAGCAAUUUGGCCCUGCUUUUCAAUGUGAUCUAACGAAAUCAUGUAGUCAAAGUCAUGCUCCUGUUGUUGAACUCCAUGCCUGUGCGCUCCAUCUGUGGGGUUGCAUAACACUGUGGGUUUGUUUUCUAUUACUUGAAGAUAACAAGAGCAAACCCUCUCACCCAGUCCUUUAUUGAUAGUCCUUGAAUAGUUUCUGAUUUCAACAUGCCGGAUUCUAUUGUGCCAGUUCAGGUUUUGAUGUCUGGGAUUCUCGAACUUGGGCAGUAGCGGAUCAGGAGUUCACGGGUUAAAAAUAAAGUCUUUGAAAAGAAAUCUGUGCUCAAUACUCUUAUGUCUCUCUGGAUCUGUGGGACAUGGUUGAUACGGUCUCAGAGUGAGACUAUAUAAUCGACUACCUAGACAGUGAACAUGUGUUGCUCGAAUCAGCAGGGCCUCAGGCAGCUUUGCAGAGUCACUGCAGAUGUCCACUUCUGCCAGGUGUCACAGCUCCACCUGACGUGUCAUUGUUUUGUUUUUGAGCAUGGACUCUAGUGGGCUCACACAUGUUAACACAUCACUGUGCUACUUAGCUUCGAACCCAGCCUGUGCUCUGGACAUGUGUGAGCUAGCGUGCCAUGGUGCUUCCCGCUCUAACCCUCCUAGUAGGAUGCGCUGCUGUCUUGCUCUGGUCUUAACUUGUACUUUCUUGCUGAUCCAUGAAGCCCAGCACCUUUUCUUCUAUAUGUUUGGGGUCACUUUUUCUCUUACUUUCUGCUGGUUUUGUUAUUGCUGUUUAUUUUAAUUUUAUUGUUAUGUUAUUUUACGUGUAUGGGUGUUUGGUCUGCAUGUUUGUCUUGUGUACCAAACAUGUGCCUAGUGCCUGUGGAGGUUAGAAGAAGGAAUUGGACCACCUGGAAUUGGAGUUACAGAUGAUCGUGAGCCACUAAACCUGGGUCCUCUGCUAGAGCACCAAGUGCUCUUAAAGGCUGAGCCAGUUCUUCAGCUAUGUUAUGCUGAUUGCAGGCAGCCCCAGGGGUGGAGUUCCACUGCUGUUUUCCUGGGGUUGGUUCUGGGUGUGGUGUGAGGUAGGGUCAAGAUUGCUCUUCUUUUGUGUGGAGAGCAAGUGUCCUACCAUUCAUUGGAACAGUGGUUCUCUCCUCAGUGCACCAAGCCAUGAGUCAGCUGCCUUUAUACCUGUGGACUGUGUAGAUUCUGUUCUGCUCCACUCCACUGAUCUGUUUGCCCUGGCAGUGUCUCAGUGACCAGAACUUUAGGACCGGGCUGCUUGACUGGGUGUGGCUCCUCUAGCUGGGCCUUGGCUGUUGUUGGUGCUCUGUCUGCCCCUGCUAUUGGACUCCUGCUCAGCCUGUCCUCUGGUUCUUUGUCCUGGCUCCGCUAUUUCUUCAUCUAGAAGUUUCUCUUUCUGACAAAAGACCCUGUAGGCUGUGUGGCCUACGCAGGCCUCCAGCUAGUUCAGCCCUGGGGCCCUGUUACCCAGGCUCAGUCACAGUGCCUGAAGGGCAGGGCCCUAGUCAGCUCAGCCUGGGCAGUGGGGUGUGGGCCCCACAGCUGGCACACAGCCAUCAGGAAGGUCAGGAAGCAAACGGAUGCCAGGUCCAGUGGGCAGAGGUGGGUGGCUCCAGAUGGCUCGAGUGCGAACUGAAACCAACUUCCUUUAGAGCCCCAUCCCCCUCCUCUAUCUUGGUUUCUUUUUAUGUCUGUGAGUGGUUUUUUGUUUGUUUUGGUUUGGUUCCCCCACCCCCACCCCCAGCAUGUAUGUUUGGGUGACAUGGGCAUGCCUAGUGCCUGUGGAGGCCAGAAGAGAGCUUUGCAUGCCCAGUUAGAAUUGUGAACAGCCAGGUGGGUACUGGGACCUGAAUCUAAUUACUGAAUCCCAGUGCCUCACUGUUGAGUGGGUGGUGGUGGUGGUGGUGGUGGUGGUGGUGGUGGUGGUGGUGGUGGUGGUGGUGCAGCAAAAACACUUGAUGCGGGCCCUGUCCUCAGACGGUGGGCUGGGAAAACCGGCAAGGAGUGUCCAAAUGGGCGCUGGGCUCCUGGGGGCUCCAGAUGGCCAAGGCAAGAUUGUGAAGGGGAGGCUUAUGCAAAUGCCCUUAGCUCACAGUUUGAGGCCCCUACAAGAAUGUGGGUCACAGGGUAAAGGAUGCAGGGUGAGAUUGGUGGGAAAGAGAAGCUUUGGACAGCAGACAGCUGGGAGGCCCAGCCUGUCCUUAACAUCCUGUCUCUGCAUCCCCACUAUCCACAGGCUUUGUCCAACUCUAACCCAGGGGCCUCCCCUAAUUGGGGACGUGGUCACCAUGUUCUCCUGCACAAAGGCCUAUGAAGACCAGAAUUACUCAGCUCUGAAGCGGGCCUGUCUGCGCAGGAAGGUGCUGUUCGAGGACCCCCACUUCCCUGCCACCGACGACUCACUCUACUAUAAGGGUACCCCAGGGCCCACAGUCAGGUGGAAGCGGCCUAAGGAUAUCUGCGAUGAUCCCCGGCUCUUCGUCGAUGGCAUCAGCUCGCAUGACCUGCACCAGGGCCAGGUGGGCAACUGCUGGUUUGUGGCCGCCUGCUCAUCACUCGCCUCCCGGGAGUCACUCUGGCAAAAGGUCAUCCCAGACUGGAAGGAGCAGGAAUGGAACCCCGAGAAGCCCGACAGCUAUGCUGGCAUCUUCCAUUUCAACUUCUGGCGCUUUGGGGAGUGGGUGGACGUGGUCGUCGAUGACCGGCUGCCCACAGUCAACAACCAACUCAUUUACUGCCACUCCAACUCGAAAAAUGAGUUCUGGUGUGCCCUGGUGGAGAAGGCCUAUGCCAAGCUGGCAGGCUGUUACCAGGCCCUGGACGGAGGCAACACAGCCGAUGCACUGGUGGAUUUCACAGGCGGUGUUUCGGAACCCAUCGACCUGACCGAGGGGGACUUGGCCACAGAUGAGGCUAAGAGAAGCCAGCUCUUUGAACGUGUGUUGAAGGUGCACAGCAGAGGUGGGCUCAUCAGUGCCUCCAUCAAGGCUAUGACAGCAGCUGACAUGGAGACCCGUCUGGCCUGUGGUCUGGUGAAGGGCCAUGCAUAUGCUGUCACCGAUGUGCGCAAGGUGCGCCUGGGCCAUGGCCUGCUGGCCUUCUUCAAGUCAGAGAAGCUGGACAUGAUCCGUCUGAGGAACCCCUGGGGCGAGCGGGAGUGGACCGGGCCCUGGAGUGACACGUCAGAGGAAUGGCAGAAAGUGAGCAAGAGUGAGAGGGAGAAAAUGGGCGUGACCGUACAGGACGAUGGUGAAUUCUGGAUGACCUUUGAGGACAUGUGCCGAUACUUCACCGACAUCAUUAAGUGCCGCCUGAUUAAUACGUCCUACCUGAGCAUCCACAAGACAUGGGAGGAGGCCCGGCUGCGUGGUGCCUGGACGAGACAUGAGGACCCCCAGCAGAACCGCAGUGGAGGCUGCAUCAACCACAAGGACACUUUCUUCCAGAACCCACAGUACAUAUUUGAAGUCAAGAAGCCAGAAGAUGAAGUGCUGAUCUGCAUCCAGCAGCGGCCCAAACGCUCGACUCGCCGAGAGGGCAAAGGGGAGAAUCUGGCCAUCGGCUUCGACAUCUAUAAGGUGGAAGAGAACCGCCAGUACCGGAUGCACAGCCUGCAGCAUAAGGCCGCCAGCUCCAUCUACAUCAAUUCUCGGAGUGUUUUCCUGCGGACAGAGCUGCCUGAGGGCCGCUACGUCAUCAUCCCUACCACCUUUGAGCCAGGCCACACUGGCGAGUUCCUGCUCCGCGUCUUCACAGACGUUCCCUCCAACUGCCGGGAGCUACGCCUGGAUGAGCCCCCUCGUACCUGCUGGAGCUCCCUGUGUGGCUACCCUCAGCAGGUGACCCAGGUCCAUGUCCUGGGAGCUGCUGGCCUCAAGGACUCUUCCACAGGAGCAAACUCAUAUGUGAUCAUCAAGUGUGAGGGUGAAAAGGUUCGCUCAGCUGUGCAGAGAGGGACCUCGACGCCAGAGUACAAUGUGAAAGGCAUCUUCUAUCGCAAGAAACUGUCUCAGCCCAUCACUGUGCAGGUCUGGAAUCACCGAGUCCUGAAGGAUGAAUUCCUGGGCCAGGUGCACCUGAAGACUGCCCCGGAUGACCUGCAGGACCUGCACAGCCUCCAUCUCCAGGACCGCAGUGGCCGGCAGCCCAGCGACUUGCCAGGCAUCGUCGCUGUGCGUGUCCUCUGCAGUGCCUCUCUCACGGCUGUCUGAUGCCAGCCAGCCUGCCCAGCCCCACUAGUUCUCAGCACUACUCGCAUGUCCCCACCUGGCCUGGGACCAGCCUGGGAACCAGACACUGGGCCCUUUGCCCGCUCUUCCACUGACCCACUGUGUGACCGAGGAGAGCCCUGCCCCUCUCUGAGCCUCAGUGUUUGGAGGGCCCCGAAGAAUUCCCCUCUCGUGGGGGAGUUUUCUUGCCUAAGAUUUAAAGCGGCUCCUUCUACCCAGUGGGCACUGCCGUCAAGGGGCUAUCUGUUGAAAAUGUUUCCCCUGGCCCUGCUAUCUGCAGAGGAGUGCCAAGACGUCAAUUGUUUACACACAAACUGCCAUGUCCCAAGUCCCUUCCCUCUCCUCGUUUGCUGUGGGGGAGGUUGCUUCCCUCCCCAGAUCUUUGCUGCGUAGCUUAGAGUGACCUUAAACUUCUGAUCCCCCUGCCUCCACCUCCUCAGGUGGAACCCAGGGCUUUGUGCAUGCUAGGCGAGCGCUUACCAACUGAGCUGCACACCCAAUCCCACUACACAUCAUUUUAAAACCAUCUUGAAAGAACCCUUAGCAGGCAUACGCAGGACGCCCCACCUCCAUCCAUUUAAUUGCUCUAUCGACUUGCCCUGUUAGCCGCCCCGGGCUUGCUGAUUCUCAGGUCUUCUUGGAGAUAGAUACCUUCCUGAGACCAGGCUCUGACUUCACUCUCAGCCCCUGAAGAGCUAUGGUCAUGCUGGUGAUUUCCCAACACUCUACUUGUGAUGUUGGACCAAGUGGCCCGGGCCAGGCUGAUGUAAGGCUAUGGGAGACCCAAGGGGGACACAUGGUGCCUCUGCUGAAGGACCCUGGGGUUUUCUUGGAAGAAAAGACUGUAGGAUGGAUGUACUAGGCCUUCAGGGCUAGUUCAUCUGUUGGGUGUCACAGACAGGGACCAGAGGGCUUUCCACCAGCAUACCCCAAAGAUCUAAGGAAGCCACCACACUCUUACUGUCCGUACAGACCAAAAUGUUACUCUCAGUCCUCAGCAUUUGAUAGUCUUAGCAUUUAAAACAAUCUCGGUGUAAAGGGAAGUCGGCCCCCACAUUUGUUCUUUUCAAACUCGUUUUGUUGGGCUUCUGCUUUUAUCUUGACAUUGAACAUGAGAGGGCACGGUCACAGUGGGACCUUCUCAGAGGAGUCUCAGAGAAUGAUGGAGGCGAGAUGUUCCUUCCUGGCUGCCGUCUGCGUUCUGUCUCUGGUCCCUCCUACAUGGUCCUAUUCCUGGCUGGAGGUGCUGGAUUCUGACUGCCAUCUUGCUCCAUGGUGGCUCUUCUGGCCUGGGACCAUUGUCCACAGUAAGGGCUAGGAGCUGAACUGAAAGGAUGAGAGGAUUCCUCCUGCACAGUCAGGGCUUCCCUUCAAUGACCUGGGCCUGGGAUUGUGCAUCCCACCAGGAGCAAGUCACUUCAACCUCCCGUGCCUCGAUUCCUCCCUCUUGUAGCAUGGCGCUGGCCUCUCCUGUUGUGAGGACUCUUAAAAGAAUAAGAGCAAGGCCACACCACUUCCACUGUGUGUCUCUCUAUUGUAUACUCUGCACGGUCACAUGAUCCCUCCACUUCUCAACGGCUGUCGCAAAUGAAGACUGCAGUCAGGAAGCGGGGAUGAGCACCUGCCUCACGAUCUUGGCUCUCAGGGCCUGGCGUGUGGGUCUCAGCUCAGCCAUAUCCCUCUGAGGCACAGGGCAAACGAGGACCAAGUAGCAGACUGCAGAUGCUUCACCUGGCAUCUAGACACUGCCCCCCGCCCCCCACCUCCAGCAGAACUGGGCCAGCAGCUCUGUUCUUGCUUCCUCUCUCUUAAGCUAGGCCAGGCUGGCUCCUGGCUGUGAAGGAACCUCUGGUCCCUAGGAAACCCUGAAGACUAGACAGGUGGGGACAGGGUAGAGCAGGGACAGCAGUGGCUUUGUUCACCAUUUGCACCCAGGAGGCCUUGUAGUGUUACAGUUGCAGUCAUCAGCCCUAUGAUGUACACUACAUGGACCAGCAGGACCUGGCCUUCACUCCUCCAGGCUACUAUGCCCUGGGGUCAAGGGAGAGGAACUCUGUUAUCUUCUCAGAAUAAAUAUUACUGCCACUCUAGAGGGA